UUUAAUUUGUGCCAUAUGCAUGUCAUAUAUGCCAUAAAAUUAUUUCUCAAAAGUGCCUUAGCUUACUAAUGAAACUCUUUUUCUCAAUGUGUAGGAUCAAGUCAAUUGAAGUGAAUCUUCCAACAUAUCAUUCAUUCCUGAAAGAAAAACCAUUUAAAGUAGGAAGAUGUUUUUUAGUUUUAAGUACACCUCUCUACUUCCCAGGAGCUUUUUGUGUUGCUACCACAAAGUGUUGUUGUGUUUUAUUUGGACAGUUACCUUAAGAUACUUUAAAUGUCAUUAUUUAUUAUAAAAGCAUUAUAUGUUUACUAUAGAAUAUUUGAAAAUUAUAGAAAAGCCUAAUGAAAAAAAAAGUCAUAUGCAAUUCACUACUCGGCAAAAACUAUCAUUCAACCACCACCUACUAUUCUUUUUUCUUUCUCACUCUUUCAGUGUAAACAAAUAUUGAUAAUAUACUGUGACUCUACAUAUGAUCAUAGGUGAUUUUCCAUUUGACACUGUAGCAUUAGCACAUUUCCAUAUUAUUCAAUAUUCCUCAUAAACAUGAUUUUUCUGACCUCAUAGUAUUUUAUCUGAUAUUUUACCAAAGUUUGAGAUUAUUUUCAACUUUUUCUUACUGUAAAUAAUAUUAACUCACUGUGUGCAGAAAUACUUUAACUCAACUCAUUUCCUUAACCCAAAUUAAGGAAAGAUUGGAGUUACAGACUAAAAAUGUGCUGUCUUCUGUAGGGACCUUGAUACCUUCUGUCGAUUUCCCUCUGGACACUUGCUUGUUUGUGAGCAUGCGUGCAUCAGUGCCUCCUCCAAGGGUGAAUGUUAACUUUAAAACACAUAAAACCAGAAAGAAGAUGUCUCAUUUUUUUAAUCCACUGUCCUUUUAUUACUGUCUAGGUUGGAUACAUUUUCUCAUGCUGGUUAACCCAUAAUCAUACAACGAGGAGAACAUAUUUUGUUUGCAAACUUAAGAUGAACUAACUGUGACAAUUCACAGUUAACCCUGUUGCAUUAGUAUCUUUAUAUUUGUUCUAAUUUUCAGUCUCUGGGAGUCCAUUCAGGAAACUUCUUUCUAUGAAGGAAACUGUCUCCUAUGAUGAUAAAGAGCUCAAGUGUCGGUAUGACCACUGCGGAGCCCUGUACAGUUAGUCUUUUGUAACCCUGAAGAAGUGACUUCACCUCCCGAAGCUUCCGUUUCUCAAACUGUAGAACAGGGAAGGAAAUCCUCAUAGUCAUUCCCGCAACAAGAAACUGGGACUUAUUCAAGCUUUUAAUAUGAGCUGACAGCCCAGAGAGUGGGAGCCGAUUCCACCAGAAGCUGCCACUGAAAACCAGAGUUCAGAAAUGUCAGAGAUCCUCCAGGAACUGCUCCGUGUCUCAGAGAAAGCUGCCAACAUCGCCCGGGCAUGCAGGCAGCAGGAAGCUCUCUUCCAGCUGCUCAUUGAAGAAAAGAAGGAGGGAGAAAAGAACAAGAAAUUCACAGUUGAUUUCAAGACCCUGGCUGAUGUACUGGUGCAGGAAGUUAUAAAACAGAAUAUGGAGAACAAGUUUCCAGGCUUGGAAAAAAAUAUUUUUGGAGAAGAAUCCAAUGAAUUUACUAAUGAUUUGGGGGAAAAGAUUAUCAUAAAGCUGUGUUCGACAGAGGAAGAAACAGCCCAGCUUCUUAGCAAAGUCCUUAAUGGUAACAAAUCAGCAUCUGAAGCACUAGCCAAGGUUGUUCAUCAGGAUGUCACCUUUGCUGAUGCAGCUCUGGAUUCCAUAGUGAUCAACAUUCCACAGGACCUUAUGGGAAUUUGGGUGGAUCCCAUAGAUUCAACUUAUCAGUAUAUUAAAGGUUCUGCUGACAUUCAAUCCAACCAAGGAAUAUUCCCGUCUGGACUUCAGUGUGUCACUAUUUUAAUUGGUGUCUAUGACAUACACACAGGAGUGCCUCUCAUGGGAGUCAUCAAUCAACCUUUUGUGUCACAAGACCUAAACACUCUCAGGUGGAAAGGACAGUGCUACUGGGGCCUUUCUUACAUGGGGACCAACAUCCAUUCACUUGAGCGGGCCAUCUCCAAAAGAAAUGGCAGUGAAAAUCGAACUGAGAACUCCAACCCUGAGUCAGAGUCCUCCUCGGCUUUUUCAGCAGUCAUCAGCACUAGUGAGAAGGAGACCAUCAAGGCCGCAUUAGCCCGAGUGUGCGGAGAGAGGAUCUUCCCGGCAGCAGGGGCUGGUUACAAGAGCCUCUGUGUUGUCCAAGGCCUCGUUGACAUUUACAUCUUUUCAGAAGACACCACGUUCAAGUGGGACUCUUGUGCUGCUCAUGCCAUCCUGAGGGCAAUGGGCGGGGGAAUAGUGGACAUGAAAGAAUGCUUAGAAAGGCAUCCAGACUCUGGGCUGGAUUGGCCCCAGCUGCUGUACCACCUGGAAAAUGAAGGUGCCACUGGGGUGGAUCGCUGGGCCAACAAGGGAGGACUCAUUGCUUACAGAUCCAGGAAGCGGCUGGAGACGUUCCUGAGCCUCCUUGUCCAAAACCUAGCUCCUCUGGAGACACGGGCAUAGAGGUCUCUGGCCUCGAAGUACAUAUAAGCCAAACUGCAACUGUUAUUUCUAUCUUUUGAAGAUAGUUUUGUCCUAUUGUUGGCUAACAUUCGCCUUCCUCUUUUGAGGAAUAUUUUUCCAUUAUGUGUUCAUAAUGUUCAUUUCAGUAAAUUAAUGACAUUCGUGCAGUAAAUUGAUGUAUGAUAUUCUUACAGUGAAUAUGGUGUUAAUGUUGCUUGAAACUUAUUCAAUAAAAUAUUGAAGAAAGAGGAAAAAUCCUAUUCAAUUCACAGAACUACUCUAAACCUCUAAGUUAUAGAAGAACGGUCACUGAAAUAUUAGGGAGAAUACAGGAGGGGUUUGCAUGGGUUCUGUUUCCUUUCCUGAAGGGAAAAAUCUGCCUAUGUGGAACAUUCAGAACUGUAAAUUUCCAUAAAUGUAGCAAAAUCCAAGUACUUUCAAUAGUAUUGUUUCUCUUGAGAAGGAAAGGCUGGGAGCACUUGGACCCCCGCCCACCUGCUCAGAGACAGUGAGGUAAUUAGAGAAAAGGAAUUAGAUAGAAAUCCUCACAGUGAGUGGGAGAGAUGCAAGGUGGCAGGAUGCAGAGGAAGGAAGUGCCAUUGAGAGAGAAGGGCAAGGACCAAAGAUGCACAGAGACUCAAGAGAGACAUUUCUGCAUAAGGAAUGGAGUAGAGAUUUCUAUGACUUUUGUAUAUUUACUACACAAGAGGUAGCUUUGUGUGUACCAGUUCUCAUAUUGAUUAUUCUCUGAUAUGAACAUGAACCAUGGUUAUUAGGUUUUUGUUUUUGUCUUUGUUAGCUGCCCUGUCGACGCUGUAG